UCCCUUCACGCAUAUGAUUCUGCCACCCCGACGCGCUCAUCUCUUUCGCUACGGUGGCGUCCAAAGGAGAAGCAAGAAGCUCGCUCACUACCGAAGACAAGCGCAGAAACUCUUCAUGCGAAGAGCUUUCGAGCUACUCGCGAUCUCAAUCCCCUACCGCGAUUGCUUCAGUCGGUCGCUUUUGUGUGUACGUCGUUAGUGAGAAGAGAAGAAAGAGAUGGUGGCUCUCCGGAAAGUAGGCAAGUACGAGGUGGGGAGGACGAUCGGCGAAGGGACGUUUGCGAAAGUCAAGUUCGCGCAGAAUAAUGAAACCGGGGAGAGCGUCGCCAUGAAGGUCCUCGAUCGCGCUACUAUAAUCAAGCAUAAGAUGGCUGAUCAGAUUAAAAGGGAAAUUUCAAUAAUGAAGCUUGUUAGGCAUCCCCAUGUUGUUCGACUUCAUGAGGUGUUGGCGAGUCGCAAGAAGAUAUAUAUAAUCCUGGAAUUCAUUACGGGAGGCGAAUUGUUUGAUAAGAUUGUUCAUAAUGGAAAACUGAGUGAAAAUGAUUCUCGCAAAUACUUCCAACAACUCAUUGAUGGGGUGGAUUAUUGUCAUAGUAAGGGUGUCUAUCAUCGAGAUUUAAAGCCUGAGAACCUCCUACUCGAUUCACAAGGAUAUCUGAAAAUUUCAGAUUUUGGUCUCAGCGCUUUGAGAGUAGAAGGAGUUAGGCUUCUUCAAACAACUUGUGGAACUCCAAAUUAUGUAGCACCAGAGGUACUCAGUCAUAAAGGUUAUGAUGGUGCACUUGCUGAUAUUUGGUCAUGUGGGGUCAUUCUUUAUGUUCUGUUGGCAGGAUAUCUUCCUUUUGAUGAGGUUGAUUUGGGUACUCUUUAUAGCAAGGUUGAGAAGGCCGAAUUUUCAUGUCCACCAUGGUUUUCUGUUGGAGCAAAAUCUAUGAUUCACAGGAUACUUGAACCAAAUCCUGAUAGACGCAUUCGAAUUGAAGACAUUAGAAAUGAUGACUGGUUUUUGAAGAAUUAUGUUUCUGCCACAUAUGUUGAAAAUGAGGAUGUUAACCUUGAUGAUGUAUAUGCUGUUUUUGAUGAUCCUGAGGAACAUAAAGCUUGCGAGCCCUUAGGAAAUGAUGACGUGGCCCCUCUGGUUCUCAAUGCAUUUGAUCUCAUUACUUUAUCCCAAGGAUUGAACCUGUCAGCACUUUUUGAACGGAGACAGGAUAAUGUUAAACAUCAGACUAGAUUUGUUUCACAAAAACCUGCUAAAGUUCUUUUGUCAAGCAUCGAAGUUGUGGCACAGUCAAUGGGCUUGAAGACUCAUAUUCGCAAUUACAAGAUGCGGGUUGAAGGUCUAUCUGCAGACAGAAGUUCCCAUUUUUCAGUUAUGCUAGAAAUUUUUCAGGUUGCUCCAUCAAUUUUUAUGGUAAAUAUCCAACGAGCAGCUGGAGAUACAGAAGAAUAUCUCAAAUUUAGCAAAAUCUUCUGUGGCAAACUUGAUGACCUCAUAUUUAGACCAGCAGUAGAGAAAAGCAGAUCGCGUCUGCUACGGGUGUCCAAACGCCAAUAAUCAGUAUAAAUUCUGUACAUGUAUAGUAUAAGGAUGAAGGUGUGCCUCAUCAAGAAGGCAGUUUAGUCCAAGGUAAUGAUUUUUGUUAUUCUUCACCUUGUAGUUCUUACUUAAUGAACCAGUUUUAUGUUUAAAAAAUUCUUUGAACUUAGCUUCCCUUAUAGUUAACUGAAAUUUUGCAGCAUUGUUGUAUAAGAUGCAUGUAUGCUUUCAUUAAGAACAUUGAACUAAGUCUAUUUUUAUUUAUUUAUGAAUUAGUUAUUGUAAUAUAUUUUAUUCCUCUUAGCUUCUGAUGAUGAUGAGUUUAUCUAUAA